AUGGCUUCACCCGCAGAAAGCGUGGCUUUUAUUGGCCUGGGCGUUAUGGGCUAUGGAAUGGCCGUCAACUUACGAACGAAGCUGGACAGGAACACGACCAUGUAUAUCUGCGAUGUUAGCGAAGCGGCGAUAGAACGAUUCAAGGACGAAGUGGGCAGUCGAGGCCCGAUCGAAGUCGUCAAGAACGGUGCUGAGGCUGCUGAGGCUGCGGAUACGUUGUUCUCGAUGUUGCCGGAUGGGCCUGCUGUGAAGUCUGUGUAUCUGGAUGAAACGACAGGAGUACUUGCUGGUGUUCGCAAAGCCGCCGCUUCGUCACCCAUCAACAAGCUCAUCGUCGAAUGUGGAACCAUCGAGAAUGCAACGAUUCUCGAGGUCGCAAAGGCCUCAAUAGACACGGAGAAGGCCCUUCCAGGCGGUUCAGUGCUGGACUUCGUCGAUGCUCCUGUCUCUGGUGGCCCAAAUGGCGCCACUGGAGGCACGUUGGCAUUUAUGGUCGGCACUGACAGGCCCGAUACUGCGUUUGACAGAGUCCAAAGCUACCUAAAAUAUAUGGGCCGUCCGGACAGCAUCUUCCUCUGUGGCGGCAUCGGUGCUGGUGUGUCGUUCAAAAUCAUCAAUAACUACAUCUCGGCAGUUGCAAGUUUGGCCUCUUCUGAAGCGCUCAACAUCGGCGUCAAGCUUGGUCUGGAUCCGAAGCGGUUGACUGAUGUGAUCAACGCCAGUGGCGGUCAAACGUGGAUCACUUCCAACAUCAACCCACCGGAAUUACGAAGGAGGUUUCCGUAUCGAACUGUGCAAGAAGGUCCUCGAGAGUACGUCCCGAUCAAUGCUGCCAAUGCUCCGUCUGCCAUGCUCACCAAUGCUCAGUGGGUAGCGAGCUCGCAAAGCAGGCCAAUGCACGAACAGUACUAG